AUGGUUCUUCUUCAUAAGCUUCUAAAUAUUAUUGACAGUGUGACAGAGGAAAACUUCGAGUUACCAUCUUUAAAACAAAAUGCUUUAAAUAUAGGAUUCAGUUGUGAAAACAGAGUAAAAGCCGACAAUAAUGUAGCAAAACCUCCUCUGCCAUUUGCUGCGAGUGAUGUGUUUCAGGGCAGUAUAAUACAGUCCAAAUGUCUGACUGCUGCAGGAGACUGUAAAGCUGUCUAUGAAGUUAUGUUAGAUGUUAAGGAUAGCAAUUUUAAUUUCAAAGCAGGUGAUACAAUUGGUGUUAUUCCACACAAUAAUGAAUCAGAUGUGAAUUUCAUAAUUAGCCAUUUGGAUUUAACCUCACUAGCCGAUCAGUGCUAUUCAUUGUCAGUAGAUAGCAGUGUGAAAGGAGGUAAGAUACCUGCUCAUGUUCCUAAGGAAUCUACUGUGAGGCAUGUUUUGACACAUUGUUUGGAUCUAAGAAGUGUUAUUAAAAAGUUGUUCCUGCUAGCACUUUCAAAGUACACAACAGAUGAAAGAGAAAGAAAGACACUAGAAUAUCUUUGCAGCAAACAGGGAUCUACCACAUAUACAAUAGAUGUUGUAAACAAAGGCUUCUGUAUAUUGGAUCUGUUCAGUAUCUUCUCAUCUUGUAAACCACCCUUAGAAAUUCUUCUAGCUAAUCUCCCUAGAUUGUUACCUAGACCUUAUUCAAUUGUCAACAGUGGCCUAAAGAAUAAGAAAACAGUGACCAUAUGUUUUUCUGUUAAGACAGUUAAUAAUAGAAAAGGACUUACCACUGGCUGGAUAGAAAAUUUAAUUUUAAAUGAGGAUCUGGAUAAACGAAUAAAAACCUUAAGUUUAACUGAUGACGGUAGUGCAAUAGAGAAAAUACCAGUUUAUCUUAGAAAGAACAUCAAUAUGUUUCAAUUACCAGAAGAUACAAUGAAACCAGUAAUAUUAAUUGGACCCGGAACAGGGGUGGCACCGUUUUUGGGCUUUUUAGAAGAAAGAGAAUAUUUGAAGGAAAAUAACCCGGAUCUGAAGUUUGGUGAAGUCUGGAUGUUCUAUGGCUGUCGGCAUCCGAAGUUAGAUUUCAUUUAUGAAGAUGAGUUGAAUGGUUACUUACGUAGAGGAAUUUUAAGUAGGCUUUUCACAGCAUUUUCCAGAAUGGAUAAUCAGGGUAUUAAAUAUAUUCAGGAUUCAUUGAAAUUAAAUUUAAAGGAAGUCAUGGAGUUAGUGAAUGAUGACGCUGUCGUAUAUGUUUCUGGUGAUUUGAAAACCAUGGCUGCUCAAGUAAAGGAUAUUUUCAUAAAAGGCUUUGAAGAUCACAGUAACUUGACACCUGAAGAAGCAAGUUUAAGGGUAGCUGAAAUGCAGGCAAAUAAAAGAUUUUUAGUUGACGCUUGGAGUUAG